UCUCUCCCCACACCCAGUAUACCCUGCGUAAAUGACCUUCCUGACUCACAAAGCAACCGUAAUAAUAUCUCACUAUCAGCUAUGGACCAACUUGACUGGUCGGGGACCUCGCCCGAAGCAGAUUUCAACAAUAUCCCCAUAAUCGACGUAUCCGCUCUACGAAGCUCGGAUCUAGAGAAACGCCAACACCUAGCGACACGCAUAUAUGAAGCCUGUACAGAAGUCGGAUUCUUCUAUAUAAAGGAUCACGGAAUCCCUGAAGAGCUCAUCAGCGCCCUUCAUACUGCAGCGCACCAAUUCUUCGCUCUCCCCAUGGACCAGAAAAUGGACGUUUACGUUGGAAAGUCAACGAAAUACCGCGGCUUCAUGCCCCUAUACGCAGAACAAACCCCAACCGGGGACCCAACCGACGCAACUGAGCAAGGCGCAACAGGCGCACUUUCCGAAUCAUUCGACAUUGGGUACGAGAUCUCAGCUGAUCCACUACGGGCCGCGGGUGAUGUGCUUCCCCCGGAUAUAUAUGAUUUGUAUGGAGAUAACCUGUGGCCGAGUGAUGCGGUCCUUCCCGGAUUUAGAGUUACGUAUUUACGGUAUUGCGCGGAAGCGUUGACGCUUUGUCGGAUGCUUAUGAGGAGCUUUGCGCUUGCGCUUAGUCUGGAUGAGCAUUUCUUCGACGAUAGCGUGAAUUAUCCGGGAGUGACUUCGCGUAUGUUGCAUUAUCCGCCUCAGCCUGUUGAGGGGAAGGUUAUCGACGGACUUGGGGCUCAUACGGACUAUGAAUGUUUUACGAUUUUAUCUCAGGAUAAUGUGCCGGCUUUGCAAGUUCGCAAUGCGUGUGGUGAAUGGAUGCUGGCGCCACCUAUUCCAGGGACGUUGGUUGUGAAUAUUGCGGAUUGUUUGUCCAUGUGGACGAACAAGAAGUUUAAAUCAACUGUCCACCGAGUUACUAACUUGACUGGUCAAGAACGGUAUUCGAUACCGUUCUUUUUUGGUGUAGAUUAUGAUACUACGGUGUCAGUUCUGCCGAACUGUGUUUCUGCAGAUAGGUCUGAGUGCACGAAACCAUUCAAAGCGGGCGAAUUUGUGCGAGCGCAACUGGCAAAGACUUAUGUUGGGUACGGCCAGGAGCCUCCUGCGAACGACUACUGAGGGGUUGGUGUUUUCAAAUUGCGGUUAUGGUUGAUUUAAUGCUAGCAUCUUAAAGUCACGAUCGGCAAUAAGACAGCCUCCUGUGCUGUGAACCGGCUCCAUCGAGGUAUUUUGGAGGGGAGAUGCGAAAGUGGGACGAUGAAGGUAAAGAGAGAGGCACUUCAGCGGCAAUAAGAGGCAUUGUAGCAUCAGUUCC